ACUCAGUCUGGUUAGGUAAAUCAUCUCAAACUCUCCCCGGGAUUUCCACCAUAUAACCAAAUCUACUCUCUUCCUUCUUCUUCCUCCUCCUCCCUCUCCGUCCUGCCGUAAACGUCGCAACCCAGAAAGCCAUUCACGGCGUAGAACCGGCGGCGAUGGGUGCAGUCAAGUCCGCGAUCGGAGAUGUCGUGCUGACAUUCUCAUGGAUGUUCGUAUCGUCGAUGUUCGGGUUGUUCACGAGCCAGAUAGCCCUCGCGCUAGGCGUUGAGAAGAUAUUUUGGGCCUCAAUUUUCAUCACCACUCUCCUGAUUUGUUUCUUCGUCUUCGUGUUUGCUUUCAUCGCCGAAUUCUUGGGUGGUGCCAGUUUCAAUCCCACUGGUAACGUCUCUUUCUACGCCGCUGGUGUAGGUGGCGACUCUCUUUUCUCCCUCGCUCUCAGAUUCCCUGCUCAGGCAGCAGGUGCUGUGGCAGGUGUGUUAGCAGUAAUGGAGGUGAUGCCAUAUCAAUACAAACACAUGCUAGGAGGGCCAAGCUUGAAAGUCGAUGUGCACACUGGCGCCAUUGCCGAGGGUGUCUUGACCUUUCUAAUUAGCUUUGCUGUUCUUGUGAUAAUCAUCAAGGGUCCUCGGAACAUGCUAGCGCAAGCGUGGUUGCUUGCUGUUACGACUGUCUCAAUGGUUGUUGCUGGGUCUGGUUACACUGGCCCCUCCAUGAAUCCUGCCAAUGCAUUCGGAUGGGCAUAUGUGAACAAGUGGCACAACACAUGGGAACACUUCUAUGUAUACUGGAUCAGCCCCUUUGUGGGAGCAAUAUUGGCUGCUUGGAUGUUCCGACUGGUGUUCCCUCCACCGGCAGCUCCCAAGAAGAAGACGGCCUGAGAAAACCCAGAAACAGAAUGCCCAGACUUUGGCUGGUAGGUAGGUAGCAGGGUGGGGGUUUAAAGUAUAAUAAUUUAAGAACGACUUGGAUGUCUCCUCUUGAUUACAGGUCAAUUCUUCUUCUUUGUAAUGUUAGUAGCAGUGGCAUCUGUCUUCACCCUUUGUUAUAAGACUUGGUUUGAUUCUGAUUCCAACGAUCCAAGGGUCCUAUGUUAACUCAGAUGUGACCCACUUCAUGAUUGUUUUAUUUCAAUCCUAAAGUUGAAGGAUUUUUAUCUUUCUUGUGGCGGGGAAUCGAAUCCAGCCUGUUCCCGUUGUCUCUAUAUGCUGCAACAUUCCCCACUACGGGCUCUGUUUUUCGUUAACAUUCAAGCGUUUGGGGAUGACGAUUAUGCGGGUGGGUGUUUCA